AAAACCUUUGGAGACUCUGGAAUGAAGCAUCUGUGUGAGAUUCUGGAGAGUUCAAUCUGCAAAGUGAAGAAACUGAGACUUGGUGGCUUUUCUCUCAAUGAGGCUAACAGUGAAAUCGUGGCCUCAGCUCUGAAGUCCAACCUUCAUCUGACUGAAGUGAUAAUAGAUGAGAUCAGAGGAGGGAAAACCUUUGGAGACUCUGGAAUGAAGCAUCUGUGUGAGAUUCUGGAGAGUUCAAUCUGCAAAGUGAAGAAACUGACAUUUGGUGGCUGUUCUCUCAGUGAGACUGAAUGUGAAAUUGUGGCCUCAGCUCUGAAGUCCAAACCCUCCGAUCUGACUGAAGUGAUAAUAGAUGAGAUCAGUGGAGGGAAAACCUUUGGAGACUCUGGAAUAAAGCAUCUGUGUGAGAUUCUGGAGAGUUCAAUCUGCAAACUGAAGAAACUGAG